UAAAUAUAUAUCAGGUUCGCGUGCUCGAGAGCAGAGCUAUACUACAUAUAUAAUAUCUGGCCCAGUCUCCCAGUGUUCGUGCUGCACUCUGCUAUCCGCUAUCCGUUUUGCUCGCGUGUUAGACGUAGAUUAUCAUCCGUGAAGGCAGGACACAAGAUCGGCUGUGAUCAUGGACCCGGAAGCAUUUUUGGACGUGGCCAACCAGGUCAUCAAGCUGAAAAUGUUUCCGUUCUUCGACAUCGCUCACAGUCUACUUGCCGCGCUGGCCGUGCGCGAGGACUUGGGCGCCAAUGCCCAGGCGUUUUCGCGGAAGCAUCCGCUCGCCUGCUGGCUCUCCACCAUGCUGGUGAUCUUCGCCGGCGGGAUGGUGGCCAACGGACUGCUGGGUGAGCCCAUACUGGCUCCGCUGAAGAACACAGGCCAGCUGCUCGUGGGCACGGCCGUUUGGUACGUGGUCUUCUACACGCCCUUUGAUAUCGGCUACAAGGUGGCCAAGUUCCUGCCCGUCAAGAUCGUGGCCAGCGCCAUGAAGGAGAUCUAUCGGGCAAAAAAGGUCUACGACGGAGUGGGACACGCGGCCAAGCUGUAUCCGAACGCCUGGAUCAUCAUGAUCAUCAUUGGUACCCUCAAGGGCAACGGAGCGGGAUUCACCAAGCUGAUCGAGCGCCUCAUCCGUGGAGCAUGGACUCCCACAGCCAUGGAAUUCAUGCAGCCCAGCUUCUACACCAAAGCCUCCCUGCUGGCCUCGAUCAUCUUUGUGCUGGACAAGAAGACCGACUGGAUCUCAGCACCGCAUGCACUGGUCUACUUCGGCAUCGUCAUAUUCCUGGUCUACUUUAAGCUGUCCUCCAUACUGCUGGGCAUCCACGAUCCCUUCCUGCCGCUGGAGAACCUCAGCUGUGCCAUCUUCUUUGGCGGCAUUUGGGACAGCCUGGCCAAGAUCCUGGGCCGCGGGCAGGCCAAGGAUGCCGAAGGCAAAGAUGUUAAGAAGAGCAACUAAACUAUUUGUAGUCAGCCUCUACCACCUUACAUACCCCCUUAAAAAGUACUUAACGCUGCCAACCAAAGCUAAACGCACACACACAUUAUAUACAGCAUACUAUAUAGCAUAACGAACGAUCUUCCCAUGUGAUUCGGAUUUGGAUUCGGAUACGGAUUCGAUGCGGAAGCGCAAGCCAAAGACAUUUUUGUGAGGCGUGGAAAUUACACUUGAGGAUCAGCAUUUUGCGGUUGGGUGUGCCCCGCUGUUCCUCGACUCCAAAUUUCACGCCGAGAGUUAGCCCUCAAAAAUUUGUGUAUUGUUUUACAAUUGGUAGGAUUUAUAUAGACCACAGACUUAUUUUGGAUGCCAUAUUUAAUGCAAUUCGAGCAUGGCCCAUACAGCUAAACUAUAAUACAAAUACGACAGCCGAAAGGAGAACGAUUUUAGACCAGCCAUCUGAAGGAGCACGCCGAGUCUUGGGUCUUUUGCUGCAAAAGCGACGUGCUCAACGAACGAAAUGUGUAAAUAUUGAAGUCGUUUCAGUGCUUCCUCUUUUUUUUUUAUUAAAUACAUUUUAAGAAUUUUUGCCGAAGACCCAUUCGAAAACUGAAUGAUAGAUCAUUGCUUGAGGAUUGUGAACACGUAUUCAAGCUGAAUUUAAGGCUAUUGUAAGAGGUGUGAAUGUUUAUUGUUUGCAAUAAAAUUAAACUACGAUUUUGGUUGA